GGCGGAGGGGGCAAAAACAUAAACAAAUCGCUUUAACUACUCAUUUCGCAAUUAUUUAAAAAGUUACACGUACCCGACCGCGUGAAAAAUGGCAGAUUUCGAACCACUCGAUCCUUCCCUUAAAAACGUAAUAGAACAGACCAGUUUGAAAUGGAUUUUCGUUGGGGGCAAAGGCGGAGUAGGUAAAACAACUUGCAGCUGUAGUUUGGCCAUUCAACUAUCAAAAGUACGCGAAUCGGUACUGAUAAUUUCAACUGAUCCCGCUCAUAACAUUUCUGAUGCCUUUGAUCAGAAAUUCACCAAAGUACCAGGCCUGGUGAAGGGGUUUUCCAACUUGUACGCAAUGGAAAUCGACCCUAACGUUGGUAUAAAUGAAUUACCCGAGGAGUAUUUUGAUGGCGAGCCUGAUGCAAUGAAAAUAGGCAAAGGUAUUCUCCAAGAAUUAAUCAACGCCUUCCCAGGCACAGACGAAACAAUGUCCUACGCCGAAGUAAUGAAACUAAUAAAAAGCAUGAAUUUUUCUGUAGUGGUUUUUGAUACUGCUCCCACUGGACAUACGUUGAGGCUCCUAUCUUUUCCCCAAGUAGUGGAAAAAGGCCUUGGCAAACUAAUGAAAAUCAAGCAAAAAGUUGCCCCAAUGCUCAACCAAUUCAGUGGUCUUUUUGGUAUGGCUGACUUAAAUGUAGAUCACUUUUCUGGAAAAAUUGACGAGCUUUUAAGUGUUAUUAAACAAGUCAAUGAACAGUUUAAAAAUCCAGAUCAAACAACCUUCGUAUGCGUAUGCAUUGCAGAAUUCCUAUCCCUAUACGAAACAGAAAGAUUAGUCCAAGAAUUAACUAAAGUAAAAAUAGAUACUCACAAUAUUGUAGUCAAUCAAUUAGUUUUCAAACAAAAAGAUGAAGACAAGUGUCGUAUGUGUAAUGCCAGGAUUAAAAUCCAAGAUAAAUAUUUGGAUCAAAUAGCUGAUUUGUAUGAAGAAGAUUUCCAUGUGGUUAAAUUGCCUUUGCUGGAAAGUGAAGUUAGGGGGGGCGAUAAAUUGAAGGCCUUUUCCGAGUACCUUGUCAAGCCUUACGGGGUGUGAUUUUGUAUUGUAUUUCAGUGCGGUCUUUAUACAAUUAUUGUUAAUUUAUUUUCGGUGUCUUGUACCUUUAUUAUAUUAUUAUUAUAUUCAGUCAUAUUAUUGUUAUUAAUAAACAACAACUUGUUUUUCUAAUUAUUGUAGGACUUGUUAUUGGGAAAAAAAUUAUCCUAAAAUGGUUUUUUUGGAAAAACAACUAUAUUGGUAACAAUUGAUUAAGUCUAUAACAUACACCCUAAUUUGGUUUUAGGUUUGUUCCAACCGUUCUAGAACCACUAAUUUCCAGUUGCCCAGCUAUUUUUCAAUAAGUUGAACGUUUAUUUUACUUGACAAAUGAAUUGAUCGACUGGAAAUUACCGUUCUAGAACGGUUGGAACAAAGUUUUUGAAAGGCACUAAAAUUCUAUUCUAGAGAGUACUUUUUUUGGGUUCAAUGCGGACUGGAGAUUGGGAGUAAUUGUUGGUGCAACUUAGAACAAAAUUCAGUGUAAAAUUUUUGGCAAUUUAAAAACUAUAUAAUAGGAACUUUGCAGCUAAAAAAUUUCACUUUUGUGUCCUAUAUAAUGUACAAAAUAUUUUAUUUUUUCAACCCCUAUUAUUGAACAUCGUAAAAUACCGAAGCAAAAGGGUACCGUAUCAAAAACGCUAAACCAGUACUCAAAACUUGUAUCGCCAAAAGAAUUGAGGUCAAUUUGGCCUCGUGCAUUGGCCCGCAAUACAACAAUGUCAAAUUAAUUAGAGUAAAAUUAUUGGUAACAACUACUCCCUGUUUCUCCUGCCAGUGCACCAACUUAAACAACCUAAAAACCCCCAAAACCAAUUUACCUAAAACAUUCAACUCCGAAUACCUGAAGGUUGUAGUGCUGAGCUCCAUGCAAUUUUCGCGGGAGUUGAACUUGGGUAGUCGGUGUCUGGGGCAAGGGACGAGCUUGAACAGUUGCGGUGAAGAGUAGAGGAAGUUGAACACCUGGGGCAUGAAGAACAGCAGGGUGGUUUUGCUGAAGUGGCCCAGGAUUCCGACUACUGCAAAAGUCAUGCCGGAGAAGUAGCAAAAGGUAUCGCCGACGAACACUGAAGCCGGGUACCUGGAAUGAAAGCGUUCAAAUUUUUUAAUUUCAAGUCGAA